GGUUGUUUUUCUGCAAAAAUCCAAAUUGAUUUGAAAAGGGCCCCGUUUGAAAUAGAUGCACAGGUUUGACCGCUCAUCAGGGGCGAAAGUCAGGUUUGUUCACAACAAGCUGGAGCUCCAGGAGACUGUAUGGAGCCAUUUUUCAGCCGUCCAUAUCUACUUGAGUUGUUCAGCAUCGUGCUGCAACACAGUUUUACUGUGAGGAAACUUCGUCUGACUUCCCAUCAGCACGGGAGUGAGUGGAUGACUGAAUAUAAAUUUGCGGUUUUGAGACCCGCCCCUGACGAACAGCUGGGUGGAUCAGGUCUGAGAUCCUCCCCGCGCACGAUCUGUGCAGCUGGAGCCGGAGGAGGCGCACAUGUGGCCCGGGCUCACACCGGGAUGUGGACGGGAUUCAACCCGGACCUCCUCCGUCGGUGUGCGUGAAAGUCACAUGGGAACGUGAACACUUGUUGAAUCACAGGAGGACGUGAAGUUUGACAAGUUUAAAGACAAAUGCAAUGAUUAACUCUCCGACAGACAGACAGACAGAGGUUCCUCCAGCUGAGUCGCUGGUAGCGUGUUGAGGACAGUGAAUGAGCAGAGCUGCAGGGACCGGUUGGUGUCGAUGGAGCGAAGCCCGGCUGUGGUGUGGACCUGCCUGCUGGGGGCCGGACUCAUUCUGGUCUUGCCUCCGGCCUUCUCCAUGACAACCUCCAGGGCCGCUCCCCAACCCCUGCAGCUCCACAGAUGCGUGUUUCAUCAUCGAGCCAACGUCACCUGUUACUGGGAAGCCGGCGACGCCAACGCGAGGCGCUACACGCUGAACGUCCUGAGGAUUCCUUCACUCUCCAAUAAAACGACUCUGUUCUCCUGCACAACAUCCAACACGAGCUGCACGGCACUGACAAAUUCAUCUGUGAGGUUUGACUUCUGCAUCAACGUCACGGCACAAGCUCACAGCCAGGACGCACCCCCAGAAAAUCGCUGUCAGUCUGGCAUGAUUGAAGUGAAACUGACUCCAGUGACGGUGAAAAGCGUGAAGCCAGUCAGAGGGAAACCUCGGUGUCUGGAAGUCACCUGGAAAACGGUGACUGACUUUCCUGUGUCUGACCACGAAGUGACAGCUGGAAAGCUGAAAUCACAAAUCGAGUUGACAUCGCAGGGGCAGUCUGAUGUUCAGGUGGAAAAUGUGAGUGUGAGGAGCUUCAGCUUCCUGGCUUGUCCUAGAAACCUCAGACCUGACACCUCGUACACCGUCAGGCUUCGUCACAGUUACCGUGACGCGAACAGGAGUCCGUGGAGCCGGUGGAGCAAUGCCUGCGAGGGAAGGACAGCAGAGGACGCUCCGUCUGCAGCACCACGAUUCUGGAGGCGAGUGGACCGAACAGAAAAGGACGCUUCGAGGCUCGUUUCACUGCUCUGGAAGCCCUUGCCUCGCUCUCUCGCUAACGGCAGAGUUCUCUUCUACAAUGUGACUUGUCGGACGGAGAGCGCUCGGAUCCUGAAUGAUCGUGGCAGCUGCAGAGAUUUACUCAAUACGAGUACUUCCUGCAGCCUGCGUCUGCCCGCCGGACGAUGCUCCUGCACUCUGACGGCCUCCACCUCUGCAGGGACCUCGCCAGAAGCCCAGAUAUGGCUCCUCGGAGCGUCAGAGACAGAGACGCAGCUCCAGAUGAACAUCACCGCGACUCCGCUGAGUGACAGCAGCUUGGACAUUCGCUGGACGGCUCCAGCUGAUCGGGCGACGGGUGGAUUUGUGGUGGAGUGGUUCCCCGUCAGAGAUAAACCCAGCAGCGCCCUACACUGGGAAAGGCUGAGUAGUUCCUGUCGAGCGCUGGUCAUCACGGAGGGAGUGGAGCCGAAGGUGCGUUACGUUGUUUCUGUCAAAGCUCUGCAUGAUGAAAGAGUGGUGGGGCAGAACCAGACGGUCAUCUAUACACGCCAAGGAACACCCUCAGCUGGUCCUACAGUGAAGCUGGAGAAGAUCUCCGGCAGCGCGGUGGCCCUCAGCUGGGACCCCGUACCUGUGGAGCUGCUUCACGGCUUCAUUCGGAACUACACCGUCUCCUACUCGACAGGGAACCGAUCAGUCAUGAUCUCUCUGCCUGCUGACACUCGACUUUACACCCUGAAGAAUCUGUCGCCGGGUGACUACAACAUCUGCGUGCAGGCCGUCACCGACGCCGGAGCCGGAGCUGGAUCCAACAGAUACAUGCACAUAGCCUCUGAGGACAUCUCGAUGCUGAUGCUCGCCCUCCCGCCUCUCAUGCUGACUCCACUGGCUCUGGUUCUGAUCGCCUGCGUGGCGAAGAGUACGAUAAUGAAGCAGAAGCUGUGUGGAUAUGUUCCUGAUCCCUCCAAUAGCAGCUUGGCCAACUGGAUGCCGAAAAUCUCAUCGGAGAAGCAGCCUGUCCUGGCAGAGAAGAUCGGUGUCAAAUACUCUGAGCUCAUUCUGUGUAAAGACGAGCCGCAGCCCUCCAGCACAGAGCAGGACCUCUCCUAUCAGGGCCUCUGUGCUCUCCAAACAUACUCCACUCACUGCUGCUACCCUCCGAUCCCAGUCUCUGGCACUCCGACGCCUCAGAACACCAUCAGUUUUGAGUGCAUCCAAAAUGCAACCAGAGCCAGGACCACGUCCAACACCGAUCUCUCCUCCUACUCCAAAAUCCUCUUCUCACAGAAUCCCAGAGUUCCCCCCACACCGCUCCAGUCCACCUCCUAUCUCCCGUCCAGUCACUGGCAGCACAGCGCCGUCAGCGUCAGUGACGCUAAGCUGCCGCCAGGUGGAGACGGCGAGCUGUCUGUGUCUCUGCAGGACAGGGUGGCCAGGUUCUGGUCCCCUCUGUCCCAAACAGAUGAGCUGAAAUCCGUCAGUGAUUUGCUGAGGCAGCAUCAGAGCCCCGUCUCCGUCUGCGACUUCAGCAUCGUCUUCCACUCGUCUCACCGAGCCGAGACCACGUCAUCCCAGAACCCCUUAUCUCAAAGCCACUACAGCUCAGUCCCGUCACUCCAGCUGAACACAACCCAUCGCCCGGAUGCUCUUUCUGACACUCUGACUACGCUGUACUCACCUGUCCCUGACCUCCCCCCACCCAUUUUUGUGGACUUCUCCUACUGUCGUCUGGACUGUGAACCUUGAAUCCCCCCCCUCAAUGUCUAGUUUCAUGCCAGGGAAAUAAAGCUUGAUGAAGGGUUCUCAGUCAUCCAGGUCAGGGUGAUUCUGGGUGCUGUAUGGUAGGCACCUAGAAUCUUCUUCACUUCUAACAAACCAGAGGGGAGCUGCAGACUUUUAAACUUCCGUGUGGAGAAGACAGGUGGUUUGAAAGAGGAGUAAAGGAAUCCGUCUGUCAAACUGAACAGAGGAAGUGGCCCAAGACAUGAAGACUUAUCACCCUUAAUAAUUCAUGUCCAUAAAAAUACCCAGACGCACCUUUUUAUCAUGUUUACUGUUUUAUCGGUCCUCUCACUGAACUUUGAUCUCUGCUCUGAAAUCUGCUCUGUUUUGACAUGAGAAAGUAUGAACUUUACCAGGAUAUGGACACUUUUUGAAGACACUGUACUCUUUGUGUUUGAUGUACUAUUUUUGUGUACAAUUUUGAUUGACUGUGAAGGUUAAAUACUGUGUUUUGAAUGUAAUAAUUGGUACGUGUGCUGUGCAGUGUGUUUGAUCCAAAUACUGAGAAUGUGAAUAAGCGAGAAAACACCGCCUGCAACACCGUACGCGUGCGCCGAUGUUUGAGUUUGAUCUCGCUUUGUGUAGCGCAGCUUUUAUUCUACAAAUGUGAUGCAGUGAAAAGCAAUUUCAGAUGUUCAUGAAGGCCUUUGCUUUCAGUUAAUUACGUGUGUGUGUGUGUGUGUGUGAAUUGUCAGUGGGUAUGGAAAAAAACACCCAAAACAUUUUAUGGAACGAGGCCUUUAACUCUGAACUAACACUGCAAACAAAGACUGACUAGAUCACGUGACAGUUUACAGAAUUUUUUUCCAGGACAUUUUUCACACACCGUCUUUCUCACCUCAGCUCAUCUCAGAUUCAGACCUCUUAAAAAAGCCAAAACGCUGCUGACUGGAAUCGAUCCGUACAAUGAGCCAGCUUUGUCGCAGUGUGUGUGUGUGUGUGUGUGUGUGUGUGUGUGUGUGUGUUUGUAUGUGUUUACUUCAGAGUUGAAGCUCUUUUGUGGUUUUGCACAUUAUUUGUACAGCGUGUUGGAGUAUUUACAUUUGCAGAAUAAAAACAGCGGAUGUGCCGUGUGAUGACAAAAGAUUUUGAUUUCAUAAUUUUUUUGUGUUGCGUGAUGUGAGGCAGAUAAGUGAAGCUGCUGUGGGAAAAACGAGGCCUUUGAGUAUGGAAGACCACUUCUGCCAAAAACAGAUGACAAGAAUAAACUUUAUUUCUAUUUCUGUUUGUAAACAGCAGAUACAAUCACUGAUGAUGAUGAGCAGAAAACUAAAUAAAAAAAGUUGUAAAAUGUUACAUGGCAUGACUAAAAUCAUGACCAGGCAACUUUACAAAUGAUGGUAAAUUACACAUGAUAAAGAAAACUGAGACUACUCACUAAGUCAAAGCUCUUAGUGGACAAAUGAAAUAAUAAAAAUGAUAAUAAUAACUUUUAUUUUGUGUAAAGAUGGACGUUACGAAGUGUUAAAGUAAAAGCAGAAUACAGAGUGAAAGAAUCCUGGAUGAGAAACUGGAACAAAAACGUAAAAUGUAAAACAAAAAAUGUCAACAUGAUAAAAAAGAUACCCACCCCCA